ACUUUCAGUUUGGCACAUAGACACAAAACCGGUCGAUAGAUUAAAAACCAUCGUACCUGUUACAGCCUCUCUCUCUACCUCUAUGACUCUAUGAAAUUUCCAGCUGUAUUAAAUUCAUUAAUAACAACAAUAAUAAUAAAGAAAGUAUAUUGUAAACGACACUACCACUGCAGUGUUAAAUUCUAGACAAAAUAAUAAUAAAUAAAAUAACAUACGAGAAGUUACUGUCCAAUCAUUUUCAGCAAUUCUCAGUGCUUCCGUCUCAAAUGCUAGCUGCAAGAUUUCUAUCAUCGUGUCAACCAAAACGUUACUUUGCCAUCAACGCACACUUUUGAGAUACAGCUGAAGUAUUAUUUGCACAGUAUACUUUAAAUAAUUAAUUAGUCAGCAAUGGCACAGCUCAAGGUUGCUAUUAUUGGACAAAGUAAUUUUGCUGCUGAAGUUUAUAAAUUACUCAAGCAAAAUGGACAUAAAAUAACUGGUGUAUUCACAAUUCCUGAUAAAUUAAAUCGUGAAGAUUCAUUAGCUGCAACAGCAAAGGCUGAUAAUACUCCUGUCUUCAAGAUCAAAGCAUGGCGAAGCAAAGGUGUACCAAUACCUGAAAUUCUUGAUUUGUAUAAAAGCAUAGAAGUUGAUCUCAAUGUGCUACCUUAUUGUACCCAAUUUAUACCAAUGGAAGUUAUUGAUCAUCCAAAAUACAAAAGUAUUUGUUAUCAUCCUUCAAUAUUGCCAAGACAUCGUGGUGCAAGUGCCAUAAGUUGGACUCUAUUUGAAGGUGAUAAAGAAGCUGGUUUUACAAUAUUUUGGGCUGAUGAUGGACUUGAUACUGGACCAAUUUUACUACAAAAAUCAUGUCCAGUUAAUGAAAAUGAUACAUUAGAUAGUUUGUAUAAUAAUUUUUUGUAUCCAGAAGGUAUUAAAUCAAUGAGUGAAGCAGUUAAUCUUGUUGCUGCUGGCACAGCACCAAAAAUAAUACAGCCAAUUGAAGGAGCAACAUAUGAUCCAAUGUUGAAUAAAAAAGAAUUACAAAAAAUUGAUUGGACAAAAACAGCUGAACAAGUACAUAAUUUUAUUCGUGGUCUUGAUAGUACACCAGGUGCAUGGACAAUGAUCAACAAUGAAGAAGUACGUUUAUAUGGCUCAAAAAUUUGGGAGUCAGAUGAACCUGAUGACAUUGAUUUGACUGUUGAUAUUGAUGGAAGACAAGGAUUCAUUCAUGAUGAUGGUUUAUUAAUAAAAACAAUUGAUAAUAAAUAUAUUAAUAUUGAUAAAAUAAAAAUUGGUAAUAAAACAAUGAAUGCAAUGAAAUAUGGCAAAGAUGAUGAUACAAUUAAUGUUGAAUUUAAUGAAACUGAAUUGGCACAAGUUGAAUUAAUGAAAUUAAUGUGGAAAAAUAUUUUAAAUAUUGAUAUUAAUAAUGAUACUGAUUUUUUUGCUAGUGGAGGUGGUAGUAUGGAUGUUGUACGACUUGUUGAAGAAAUAAAAGAUGUAUUUAAUAUAAAUAUACAAAAUACUGAUGUAUUUAUGGCACCAGUAUUUAUUGAAUUUGCAUCAAUUGUUAUUCUUGCUGGUCGAGGUACAACUGAUGCUGGUAUAGAAGUAAAAUAUGAUGCAAUUGAAGUACGUGCAAAUAAUAUUGAUCUUAAAUUUCCUCAUCAAUUAUUUAUAAAUGGUAAAUUUGUAAAUGGACAUGGUAAACCAAUACCAACAAUUGAUCCACAUGAUGAGCAUGUUAUAUGUCAUGUUGAAUGUGCAACAGUUGAAGAUGUUGAUAAAGCUGUUAAAGCAGCUAAAAAAGCAUUUGAAGAUGGUGAAUGGAGUAAAAUAAGUGCACGUGAACGUGGUAAUUUAUUAUAUAAAUUGGCUGAUUUAAUGGAAAAAAAUAAAGAAGAAUUAGCAACAUUAGAAAGUAUUGAUUCAGGUGCUGUUUAUACAUUGGCAUUAAAAACUCAUAUUGGUAUGUCUAUUGAAACAUGGAGAUAUUAUGCUGGUUGGUGUGAUAAAAUACAAGGUUCAACAAUACCAAUAUCACAUGCACGUCCAAAUCGUAAUUUUACAUAUACUAAAAAAGAACCAAUUGGUGUAUGUGGUCUUGUAACACCAUGGAAUUAUCCAUUAAUGAUGUUAUCAUGGAAAAUGGCAGCAUGUUUAGCUGCUGGUAAUACUGUUGUUAUGAAACCAGCUCAAGCAUCACCAUUAACUGCACUUAAAUUUGCUGAAUUAGCAGUUAAAGCUGGUAUACCACCAGGUGUUAUUAAUAUUGUACCUGGUAAUGGAAGUGUAACUGGUAUGGCUAUUGUUAGUCAUCCAUUAAUACGUAAACUUGGUUUUACUGGUUCAACUGAAAUUGGACAAACAAUUAUGAAAACUUGUGCUGAUAGUAAUUUAAAAAAAGUAUCACUUGAACUUGGUGGUAAAAGUCCGCUGGUUAUAUUUGAUGAUGCUGAUAUACAACAAGCUGUUAGACUUGGUAUGGGUAGUGUAUUUUUUAAUAAAGGAGAAAAUUGUAUUGCAGCUGGACGUUUAUUUGUUGAAGAAACAAUACAUGAUGAUUUUGUAAAACGUGUUGUUGAAGAAGUUAAAAAAAUAACAAUUGGUAAUCCAUUGGAUAGAAAAACAUCACAUGGACCACAAAAUCAUAAAAAUCAUCUUGAUAAAUUACUUGAAUUUGUUGAUAUGGGAAUAAAAGAAGGUGCAACUUUAGUUUAUGGUGGUAAACGUCUUGAUAGACCAGGUUAUUAUUUUGAACCAACAAUAUUUACAAAUGUCAAAGACAACAUGUGGAUUGCCAAGGAAGAAUCAUUUGGACCAAUUAUGAUUAUAUCUAAAUUUUCAUCAAAAGACAUUGAUGGUUUAAUUAAACGUGCAAAUAGCACAGAAUUUGGUCUUGCAUCUGGUGUAUUAACAAAAGACAUUAGUCGUGCACUUAAAUUUGCUGAAAAAAUUGAUGCAGGAACAGUUUUUAUUAAUACAUACAAUAAAACAGAUGUUGCUGCACCAUUUGGAGGAUUUAAACAAUCUGGAUUUGGUAAAGAUCUUGGACAAGAGGCACUCAAUGAGUAUCUAAAAACAAAAACAGUCACUAUUGAAUAUUAAAAUUGCCCACAUAUAUCAAUUAUAAAAUAAAUUAAAAAAUCAACCUGUUUACUGAUAAUUGCUUUUAUAUAUGUAUCCAUUUUAAACGAGCAAAAAAAAAAUUUCUACGAUAAUUUUUGUAAGAAUUUUAAUAAAAUAUUUUACAAAUUUUUUAAAUAUUUAUAA